GAUAAUUAUGUCCAAAGUUGGUACAUUAAAUGCCUAUUAAAAUGCCAAAAAUUCCAAUAAUCCCCCACAUGAAUGAAAAAAUUGAUUUAGGGGUCAACAAAAUCCCACGAUUGAAAACCUGCAUUGAACAGGUAAGUGUCUCCACUUUUGAACCUGUCCCUUGUAAGGUAUACCUUCUUUACUGGCUGUUCAGUAGAAAUGAUGUCUUUGAACGCGCCGUCUACAACAUCUCCUCGUUUCUGCAUCGCCGUCUCCCUCCAUCCUCUCCAUCGCCAGCGGUCUCUUUGCCGGAAUCAAAAGCCGCCCGCUGCCGACGAUCUCCGGCGUUGUCUUUCUCAGAACCAGAGUUAGAAGCGUCCCUCUGCCUUCCGUUAACUUCUAUCAGCGCCGUCUCCUACAUCUCCGUCUCUGCAUCGGCUCCAGCAACAUCUUCUCCCCCCAACAUCAGUGUUCUCUUUUGUGGGAAUCAGACGCCGUCGGAUGCCGACCUGUCUCUGCCGUCUCUGCUCCAGCAACAUCGUCUCCCUCCUCCAGCUUUCCCGGUCACUCGCUGGGCAACCCAACCCGUCGUUUCAAUUGAUAGAGCAAGGCGGAUGGAUCAUGCAGCUGGAAGACAAGCAGAAUAAAUCUUGUUGAUCUUGCUGGAUCUGAGCGUCAAAAGCUUACUGGUGCAGCUGGAGAGAGAUUGAAGGAAGCAGGGAACAUCAAUCGAUCUCUUUCACAACUUGGUGUGGUGAGGCCCGCCCCUUGACCAAUCGACCCAUGUCAGACUCCAGUUCGCAAGAAGGCCAGGAGACUCCAUGCUCAGCAUGGUGGGGAAGUAGUGUUCAUCCACAUAACAAGCCGGCCUGCAGAACUGCUCAAACUUGGGGUAGUAAACCUCAUCUUUGAUGAUGUCAACGACCAACUUUCUGUUUACUUCAAGCCAUUGGGACCCUUUACGCCAAUCGGUUAGGUUAACCGUGGGUGACAUUUUUGCAUUGUAACGCCCUCUCCCAUAAUAUCCUUGGUCAUCAACAACACCCAUGAAGCUGUAUCUGGAUCUUGAUAUGUAGUGAUAAACAAUGCUGAAGUUCUGAAGAGGAAUGCAUGCCUGGAGGACAAACCAUUCGUUUGAUAUGUCAAGUAACGCAUUAGCAAGAAGCCGCCUUUCUGCAUCACACAUGCUCAUCCUUCCCCACUCUGCUACUUGCAUCACAAUCAUUCAUUAUACAGUAGUAAAUUCUAUGUUCGGUUCAUGGUAUACAUGUUUUAACCUGUUUUUUGUAUUUUUUCUUCACCUUUUUGAAAACAUAAUUACUGUGUUGGAAUAUGUUUGGAGUAAGAUAAUGUGUUGGAUUCUUUAAUACAUAGCUGUGUUUCUG